AUGAUUUCUAGAUAUGUCGCGUUCAUUCAGCAGUUAGAAGACGAUCUCCUAUCCGAAAAGUCGAUUCAGGAGCAACAAUUUGUGGUCGUGGGAACAGCAAUGAACGAAUUGAAAAACAGCAUUGCUCUGGGAGAGUCUGAGAAGAAGCAGCUCCAGUCCGAAAUUGCACGAAUUCAGGAAGAGAUUCAAGCGAGCAGUCAGCGCAAACAAGACGUUUCCACGAUGCGCGACAAGCAGGCCUCGGAGAUCCGUCUGCUGCAAUCCCAAGUGGAUUCGAUCACCAACACCACCGAAUCCCUUCGAAAGGAAAAAGAAGAGAGCGAAGCGACCAAAUCGCAGCUAAGCUCCGCCUUGCAGCAGCAACAGCAAGAAAUCGGCACAUGCUCGCAAGUUUUGGAGGAAUCCUACACGCAGAAGCAUGUGAAGCUGACCGCGGACAUCAAUGAGAAGAGAGAGCAAUUCGAGCGUCUGAAAGAGCAGUUCGCCUCGGAGUGCGACGCACGUGCCAAGGAACUCAAAGAGCUUCGACAGACGAUCGAAGCGACCUCCAACCGUCUGCAAGACCUCGAGAGCCGAGCGAGCGAAUUGCAGCAAAAUUCGGCGGCCGCCGAAGCGGAGCUGUACGUGCACGCUGAUUGGCUGACCCGCAGAGCGAACAUUCGAUCGAACAUUCAGCAGAUGGAGUCGGAUUUGGCGAACACAACGUCGCGUUUGCAGUCGAGCACCAGCGAGAUGACGGUGCUGUUGCAGCAGAAAUCGGACACCGACACGUUCUACAGCCAGCGUGUGGACCAGGCGCUUUCCGCGGAGAAAUCGACGAUCUACGAGCGCGUGGUGGAGGCGGACGUGCAGAAGGCGCAGGCGGAAUGCGAGCGACGCCGCGUGCAGCAGGAGCUGGAGCGGAGGCAGCAGGAGCUGCAGGAACAUUCGAAGAAGGUGGAGGAGCUUCGGCUGAAGAUCAGCCAGGCGGAGAAGGAGUCGGAGACGGGGAACACGAUUCUGGCGCACAGCGAAGUGGAGAUUGCGAACUGCAAGGAGCAGACCAAGCUGAUUUCCGCGGAGAUCGAAACGGUCGUCGCGUCGCUGAAGACCCGCAACGAGAAGAUAACCGCGGAACUGGAGGAGUUGUCGAUCCAAUGCGAGGAGUUGGAAGACAAAGUGGCGUUGGUGUCGGAGGAACGCAACUCGCAAAAAGUCCGGAUCGACAACCAGCUCCGUAGCGACCGCCUGGCUUUGGUUCAGCCAAUAGAAUCGCUGCAGGCUACGCACGCGGCGCUUCGGUCGCAGAACGCCUCGCUGCAGGCGGACUUUGCGAGCGUCCAGGAGAUGAAGAACUCGUCGAAGGAGAGCGGACGGUCGCGGAUUCGGAAGCUGCAGCAGUCGGUGCAGGCGUUGCAGCGCCGCGUGGAUGAAACGUCCUACGUGGAUACGAUCUACACGGAGCAGAAGCAGCGGAUUGAGAACCUGGAGAAGAAGGAAACGCAGGCGGAACAGACGCGUCGCAUGCUGAGCGAUAAGAUUCAGUGCAUUCUGGGGAACGUGGAGAGCGACAUCAUCGUGCACGAGAACGAGCGGUUUCUUCAGAACACGCUGGAUAUAACGCCCGAUGAGACGGGCGUUUCGGUGUAUGGGACAGGGCAGAAAUCGGGGGUAUUUGUGGCCGACCGCGUGUAUUCGGGAGUGAUCGAGAACGGGUCGAUUCUGAGUCGGAUCGAGGAUAUUUUGUACACGGCGUUGGACGGGAAGGUGAUAACGAUUUUGAACUUGGGAGCGAUGCAGCUUUCGUAUGAUAAACGUGAAUUUCUGUUUAGUAUGUUUUGA